CGUUUGGGGCUGUCAACCAAUUCUUCACCGGUCAUGGCGACAAGUGUGUUCAGAGGAAAACUCUUGUUCUCUGUUUAGUAUGCUCACAAAUCCUAUCUAAACUCGCCUCAAAACCACAGGCAAUGAUUAAAAACAGUAACAAGGGCAGUCGCACGUAUGAUGAGGAUGGCUACGUGAAAAGAGCCGGUUGCGUUUGCUUCCGAACGGAGCUAGAAAAAGAGGUUCUUCUAGUCUCUAGUUCAAAGCAUCCCGACAAAUGGGUGGUGCCAGCUGGGGGGAUUGAACCCGGAGAAGAGCCCAAAGAAACAGCCAUUCGCGAAGUCCAAGAAGAGGCUGGUGUCAAGGGAAAAUUAGGAAGAUGUCUUGGAGUUUUUAAGAACGACAAUAGCAGAAGCAAGACAUGGGUGUUUGUUCUAACUGUCACCGAAGAGCUAGAAGUAUGGGACGAGGCUAGGAAUGGGCGUAAGCGUUCAUGGUUCCCUAUUGAAAAGGCAAGAGAUAUCCUAUCGUCACGUCCUGUCCAACAGAUGUACGUCACCCAGGCAAUUAACAGCAGGUGACAGAGCUGGAAUCUGGCCACUGAUUGGUCAGCCAGAUCACCAAAAGUGUAAUAUAUCUCUAGAUGUUAGCCUGCUUAGUGCAACAGGGUAGCAAGGUGACAGGGAGAUAACACAGACUUUUUCUGAUGUAGAUGUUAAUAGGAUAUUAAGACUUAUGUAAGGGUGUUAAGGUUUGCUCAAGUAGACUUAAACCAUUGGGAUAUUUGAUGCUUUUGAAAAGUUUGCACAGUCAAACCUCAAUUUUUACAUUAUUUAACUUACAAAAAAUUGUUCCCCUGACAUUUUUGGCAUAUUAUUUGAAUUGAUUAUUUGAUCUUUGAACAAUCUAUUUUUUUAAAUUCAUAUGAAAAUGAGAACCUAGAGAACCAAUAUAGUCUAAAAUGUCAUGAAGCACCCAUUAUAUACUGUAAGAACUAUGGGCUAUCAUGAAAAGCAAGUUCGUAUACACAGGUGUUUACUGCAGUUGAGGUUUGACUGUACUUACAUACAUGAAAUUUUCUUUAAUUUAACAAAUUGCAUGAGCUGUACAAAGCAUGGUUGCCGAGACUCAAUCUGACUUAAUAAUUGAAAUUGAAACUGGAUUUUUUUUUCAAAAAUGUGUACAGCCAAAGAAUUUUCAAGCUGAGAGGUUGAUGUCCAUUAGCUAGGGGUGUGUCAUGAACUCUUAUCUGAUAUUUGCAUAUUUGUUGAAAAAUGUUGAAAAGUGUCAAUUAUGGUUUAAUGGAAGCAGCAAAUAUAACCAGCCUUUGGUAAAAAUUAUUUAUUUUGCAUGUUUUAGUCCAGUGCUUUCUUGAAAUGUAAAGGCUAAAAUAUUACCAAAGAGCUCCCAAUCAAACACUACAACAAACAAAAGUCCAGUUUCAAAGACUCCCUGAAACUACUGAAUAACCUCAAUUCAAUAUAAGCUAGAUAUGAACUACAGAAAAUAAACAACCUACCCUGGGUACCAGAGCCACCAGACUCUGGUACCCAGACUCUUCCAGUGACGCCUAGCCAAAUGCCAUUACGAGCGAAGCAUCACUGGGUGAGAGAAGUCUGGAGGCUCUGGUACCAAGGGUAUAAACAACCUUAACAGCCAUGGAAAUACACAAAAAGUGAGUAUCACUUUCUGAUUGAGCAAAAGCCUUAGAAUGUAUUUCUAUAGUUUUCUCAGUUUUAUUUCAGUUGAGCUUGGAAAUUGUGUAUUCUAGAUUUGUUUUUGUAUAAGUUUUGUAAAUAUGAUGUGAAAAGAUUCUUAUAAGAUUGUGUUUGCAUUAGGGUUUUUGUAUAGCAAUGUGAAAUCAUCAUUUUUUUAUCACUAUCAACAGAAUCCCCUGAGACAUAAAAGAUUGUUUAUAUGAAUACAAUACAGUACAUGGCCAUAGCUAGAAUAUAUUUAUAAAUGUAUAUUGUUUUGAGGACUCUAUUUUCUUCUUUAUGCUCUUUGUAAAAAAACUUUCUUCCUGCAAUCACAAAAUUGAAUUUUUUUAUGUGAUGUUGCUAACCUCGUAGAACAACAAAACAACAUACAAAAGAUGAAAUUGUAAACUCUCCCCCCUUGACCACAAAAGGAACCUUUUCUGAAAAACUAAUUUUGCAUAGGUCUGUGCCCCCCUCCUCAGCAAAACCUAGCUAUGUGCCUGAAUUGAAUAAAAAUACCACUAACAAACACACAUGAUCCAUAAGAUGUUAUAGGCUGAUUGACGAUGUAAGAAAUUUUCUAUUUGAUCAAGGGAAUAAAAUUACCUAUUAUAAAGA